GCACUGGUUAUCACUCCACGGUUUACGUGCAAGUGUGGCUGAGCGUUCAACAUUCAAGUCUCUCAAAAGCCGCAGCUUCCUUGUCGCGUAGGUUUCGAUAUUGUAACCACAACUUGGUAGCUCUGAACGUUUCUUCACGUCUUCAUCAUGUCUAUCUUCAGCACUGGCCUCUUUGGAGGAAUGGAACAUGAUGAUUUACCCCGCAAUCAGCCUUAUUCAUCUUCCAGUCUCGGCCAACAUAAAGGAGUUCUCCAAGCCCCCGCAAGGACCCACGAUCGGAAGGACCUGGUUAGCUUUCUGGAAGCCCUCAACAGCGUGCUGGUCGGCCGACCAUGGUUGGAUUUUACCUUCGCCAAUUUUCUGGAUGGCCAAUAUCUGACGGGAGGGGCAACGUUCACAGUACGGCGCCACAUACUACAGCGACGACUCCACAGCCCUCCACACAGGAAAGUCCCUGGAGACGUUGUUAUCCUCAAAAUUGCACGCGAUGCUAUCGCAAAUGGGGAGUUCUCUAGCGAAGACAGUACCACCGAGCGAAUCGAAGCCCUGAUCAAGGAAAUCCUCAUCCUCGCUCAUCCGCCCGUGCGAUUUAGCCCGAACGUAGUCGAUCUCCUGAGUCUGCUGUUCGAGUUCGAUCGAAAUGCCCUUAGACCAGUACUCAUUCUUGAGUAUGCGGAACUCGGCAACUUGAACGACUUUCUGCGUUCGCAUGGCCCAGUCAACCUUGAAGGGAAGAAAGACCUUUGCAAGGAUGUCGCGCGUGGCAUAUAUGCUCUUCAUAAGUCUGGGAUCGUUCACGGGGACAUCAAAUGCGCCAAUGUGCUUCUCUUCCCGGUAAAUAACGCAGGUAUGUCUGCCAAGCUGACCGACUUUGGCUUCUCCACUCUUUUGAGCGGAGUCGAGGAUGGAUCCUCCAUUCGGAUUGGUGGCACUUACCCUUUCAAGGCGCCUGAGACAGAGGAUGCCGUACCCAAAGCCGCUCUCUGCAGAACCGACUAUUAUUCCUUCGGUAUGCUCGUGUGGCAGAUGCUUCUUCCUGGAUGCCCAGACGAUCCUUUCGCCUUCCAUCCAUUCGAGCUCACCCAUGGAGAGGGAGGGGAGCAAGCCGUUCUUCGAGCCAAACAAAGCCCUGAUUUCUUGCAGAACGUCACGGCGUCGCUUCGGGCAUACGGUGAAGAGGAGGACCGGUUGGCGUUUGAGCGAAUGCUUGAACACCUGUUGGAUCCUGAUCCUGAGCGUAGAGAUAUGGUCACCGCAUUUGGCACAUUUGACUCGUCCAUAGCUGCCGAUUUCUUAGAGCUUCAAAGGACGAAUUCUACCUUGCCAUCGCAAAUCAACCUCCAGACCACCUUCGAUAAUGAUACACUAGACCUCUCGCGUUUCAGUACCACACACUUCGCCGUGCAGGCGCAGUUAGUUUCGAGCCUGAAGCGCCACGCGGAGGAUAUGUCUUCGCACGUAAACAAGCGAGCGGAGGCUUCUUUCCUGCUUGCGCAGUGUUAUCUCAACCGCUUUGGUGUUCCCGAGUAUGACGACCAAGAGGGACUUCGCUACCUACGCAGAGCCGCUGAACUUGGGCAUAGCCGUGCAUGCGAGGUUGCUUUCAACGUCCACCACGCACUUCAAGCCGACAUGAAUGCCUUAGGCGCGGAGCACCUUGAAGCGCUUGAGAAAUGGAUAGAACAGAGCGUGCGGAGCGGAUCUCGCAUAGCCGCUCUGAACCGACUUGAUGAGGGGUUAGGCGGCGGAGAAGAACAAAUAGAGGCCGAUCGAAAGCUAUACAGAACCGCAAGCCUCGUUAAGGUGCCACCAAAGGUUGAGAGGAUUCCUUUGCCUGACAUGGCAUCUGUGGAAGAUCUAGUUAGAUUCAUGGACGACUUUCCGGACCGUGUCGGGAACUACAAUGAAGAUGGCGAUAGCCUGUUACACUGGGCCGCGGCACGGGACAUCGAUGGGUUUGCGGAGAUCAUUCUCAGCUCUCAGCCCAAUCUUCAGGAAGCCACGAACAACCUAUUGGAGACUCCGCUUCUUUUCGCUUGCCGCCAUGGCAGCACAGCUGUAACAAGACUACUCCUUCAAAGGGGAGCCAGGAAGGAUACCAUCUCGCUGACUGGAGAGACUCCGUUGCACUGGCUGGCCGCUUUUCCGGAUGACGAAGUCGACGCGAUCGGAGUCGCUCUACUUGAUUCUACCGCUCUCACAAGCUUUGCGCUCGCUAACGCGAUGAUCACUGGACAUUUUGGCGAUGACUUCAUCUCCGGAACUCCGUUAAAUCGUGCCGUAGCAUUGAGGAGAGCGAAGGUUGUCAAGUUCCUUCUUCACCAUGGAGCUGAUCCGUUCUACGCUGGAACGAUUUUGUUUGAUAGAGAGGCCCUCGUCCAGGCCGGCUACGAACCAAUCGACAAUGACUCUGGUCCCUCGCAUCUACCUGUGCAUUGGGCGUGUCAAGCCCACGAUGUCGAAAUGCUCGCCUUGCUGACGUACGAUUGGAAUUUUGUUGAGACGCCAGAAUGGCCAACCGAUAUGGAACUCCUCGCUGAAACCGCGCUGGACCCGGAUCUGCCGCCCAAAACGAUGGGCGAUUGGCUACUACCUCCGAGGGUCGUUCUUUUUCGAAAGCACCCGACUGCCUGGGCUAAAACUGCUAAAGAUGCGAUGACACGCAGGCAAGACGGUCUGGGUUGCGAACUCUUCUCCUCUCGCUCUCUGCUUGGAUAUGCGUGCGAUCCUUUUCCAAGAUUCUUCCGGCUCGCCACGCACGGAAAACAUUACAAGGAUGCGAUGAAGAUUAUCGAUAAUAUCGAAACCAUGAGUGGGCAGGAUAUCGAAAGAGUUUCUUACACCGGCCUGACGGCCAUCAUGCAAGCCGCUCGCAACGGCGACAUCGAUAUCUGUCUCCACCUGCUUUCCAAGGAACAGACCAAGAGCACCCUGGAGACAUCAUACAAAGGAGGGUGGGGCAUGAAACCGCUCCAUAUCGCGGGGCUUAACAAUGACGAGGCCCUGUUGCGAGCUCUGCUAGUAGCCGGCGCGAAUCCAAGCGCGGAGCGGUCGGAUGGUGGCACGGCUCUGCAAGUCAUCGCUACCCAAUACUUUCCAGAUCAGAGGCUGGCUGAGGUUCUUCUUGAUCAGGCGCCAGAUCUAGUGAGCAGGAGCAGCGUCAUGGAGACUCCCCUAUCGACAGCAGUCCGAAAUCUCGACUUCGGGCUAGCCGACCUUCUACUUAGGAAGGGCGCAGGCGUGAAUCAACUGAUCGGCCCGCAUCAAACCAACACGGUCCUCUUCCAAGUUCUGGCCGGCGGCUCCACAGUCGACGCGGAUCUCGAAGCACUCCGCUACCUACUUCGAAUACCAAACAUUGACUUCGUCGUGGCUCCAAGGCAGAGAUAUACCGCCCUGCACGCCGCUGUCGUACUUCGCGCGCGAUACUCAGACGUCCAGUGCGCACCAUCUACGCUUAACCUGGCGCUUGCUGCCCUACUUCAGAAGUGGCAUUCCAAGCCCGCACUCCUGAUGCAAGACCACAAAGGGAACACCGCCCUCCACUAUGCCGCGAUAAUCCGAGACACGUCAUCAAUCAAGCUCCUGGUAGAAGCUAUGGAAGCGGUCGGCGCUACGCUUAAUACGCUCAGCACCUACUUCGGCAGCCCCGUCAAUCGCUCCGUUCUCGACGCGUUAGACCUGAGAAGCGAACCGCCGUCCUCUGUAAUCGAGGAGGGAGAUGCUGCGGUGGACGAGUGGCAUCAGCAAACCGCUGAAAUGCGAGGCUACCUCACACGGCACGGCGCGAAGCAUCGGCAGGAGGUUCUGCAGGGUGUUUGGGACGAGUUGUCUUUCUGGGAUAAGAGGAAGGCUAAUUUGCUUUCGUCUCAGAAGCUUGCGACCGUGGCGCAGUUGGCUGAGGUGCUGGAUCUGAAGUGGUCUCUCGGACCGGAUGUUAAGUGGACAAGGGAGAGGAUCGAAGCGGAGAGGAAUCCGGAUGAAAUCGUGCGCAGAUGACGUGUCUGUCGUGCUGUUUCCGGGCCAGUGGCCAAUUCUUCAAAUUUCUUCACCGAUGCACAUACUUGGAAACUCUGAUGCAAGCACUCAUUCGGCAGAUGGCUUAAUUCUCUAUACGGUCACUCCGGCGUGGAUCCGGAUGGCUUUCCGACAGACCGGCUUUGCAUACAGGCCCAAAGACUUCUUGAACAUAUCGCCUCUCUGUUCAAAAACGCCGAAAGUGAAAAGGACUUUAUUUCUAGAGCGAAAGCAGUCGACUUUUCACUAUCUUGACCGACGGCACUCACCACGAAGGGCGCACGGGAUCGAAACUGGGUGAAACUAGCUUUCACCCGCAGGACCGCCGCGCGCUCAUAAAGACCGACCGCCACGUCGACCGCUCGAAAAUUCUCCACAACCG